AUGGCACGGAACGAUGGCAAGUACCCCCGUAUCAUGAUCAUCGGAGCUUUGGGUCGUUGCGGGAAAGGGGCAACCGAAAGUUGCCUUGCCGCAGGGAUUCCCGAGGAAUCGAUUCUCAAAUGGGAUAUGGCUGAGACCAGCCGUGGCGGACCGUUUUCCGAAAUCGCCGACGUGGAUAUCCUCUUAAACUGCGUUUAUCUGGGUGUAAACCGCGCUCCGCCUUUUAUCACGCUCGAAUCCUUAUCGACACCGAACAGGCGGCUUCGCGUGAUCUGCGAUGUGAGCUGUGAUCCAAACAGCGAGAACAACCCGAUUCCUGUCUAUUCCGGGUACAGCUCCUUCGAAAACCCAACGAUUCCAGCGUCGGGCAACCCAGACGGGCCGGAGCUGCGCAUUAUUGCUAUUGACCAUCUCCCCACCAUGAUUGCGCGCGAGGCAAGCGAUGAGUAUGCCAGCUUGCUUCUCCCCAGCCUCUUGAAACUACGAAAUCGUGAAACAGAAGGCGUCUGGGCUCGAGCAGAACAGACGUAUCGACAGCGAGUGUCCGAAUUGUCGUAA